AUGUCCUUCCUCUUCUCGAUCCAGGACUUCGACCGCACCCUCAACAGUGCCUAUGGAAGCCCCGUACUUCAAAUCUUUGUGGGUGUCUUCGGUCCUGACGGCGCCGUUGUGAUGUUCAGCCUCAUUAUCAUCUGCGUCUGGCACUGCGACCUCUUCAGUAUGACCUCCAACAGCCGCAUGAUGUUCGCCUUCUCACGAGACGGCGGCAUCCCACGCUUCUUCGCCCAUCCGCACCGUCUGGCUCGCUGCCUUCCUUGCGUUUCUCCUUUCCCUCCCCUCGCUGGGGAGGGACGUGGCAUUUGCCGCCGCAACAUCAAUGGCUACCAUUGGUUUAGACAUUUCCUACGGCAUCCCGAUCCUCAUCGGACUCAUUUACCCAACGCACUUCAACAGCAAAAGGGGCCAUUCAACCUAGGCCGCUUCUCCCGGCCCGUGGCGCUCGUGGCGAGCUGCUAA